UCGAGCUCAACAGCGCAGCGGCCGCUGUUGCUUUUCACCCGUGAGAAAAAUGUUAUCCUCUACUCGGCGUCGCGGCUGGAGCCGCUAAAAAUCCGCCCACCAACAACACGACGGCCGGACAUUUGCACAGACCGGGGGGAAAACGGGUUGUUUGAGCCAUGAUCUGAGGAUUUAAACAUUUUCUCUGUGGACUUGGACUUCCAGCCCUUCCAGCCCCAUACAUGCUACACCCACACACAUCUACCAUGUCUCAAUCUGAAUCUUGUACAGAUGUGUGGGACUGGUUGUGUGUACUUCGUCUGGAGCAGUACUCUGAGGCAUUUCGGAAUGCUGGGCUGGCAACAUUACGGCAAUGUCACAACCUCACGCCAGAUCACCUGGAGUGUAUGGGCAUCACCCUUCCGGGUCACCAGAGACGCAUCCUGGCUAGCCUGAACAAAACACACGGUAAUCGGGACACACAAUCUGACAUACACUCUCAUCCCCUAGUGUCUGAGAGGGAUCAGCAUUCAGAGGAAACGGAAGAGAGACCUGGGCCUUUCUCAGAGGAUGAAGAAACUAUGCUUAAGCAAAUGGAGAAAGGAGAUGGAGAGAUCUCGAGAACUACACUCAGAGAAAGAGAGAAACCAGUCCCCAAGGAGAGACAAGUAUCCAGGAUGAGAGAUGAAAAUGAACAAGGACAGAAGAAGCCAGUUCCUGAACAAAAACAAACGGCAACUAGAGAAAGCAAAGAGGAAGAGGGGGAUGGAGGAAAAGAUGGAGAGAGGGAGAAGCCUGUGCCUAAAGAGAGGACUAAGUUCCGGCCUCUUGCUCCAGUGGACUCUCCCCCCGGCCCCCGAGUCUCUCCAACUUAUGACACCUCUUUACCCCCUGUCCCCCCACGUAGCACCCCCAACUGCCCUCCACAGCGCUUUACCUCUGCCCUGAGCCCCUCACCUCCUGGUCAAACCCCGGGCUCCCCUAAACUGGAUAGACAUGACGUUAAAGCCGAGUCCCAGAGUUUCACCCCCACCAGCACCCCUACCCAUACCGCCACACAAACUCGACCACAGACACUGGCCAUUCAGCCAUCUGCCCAACAUCGGGUUGUUGAUGGAGGAAGCAAAAGUUCACCCGUCUCCCCUGGUGCUGCCCUCAGUGACGACAGAAAUGCUCCACCUCUCCCUCCAAAAGUAGGGGGAGGACCUAAAGGCCCUCCACCAAUCCCACAGAGGUUUCCUGCACACUCCCCCACAGCUCACAGCUCCUCUCCCACCAAGUCGGCCACUGAUGAGAUGCAGAAAGAACAAACGCCUCAGGUCCCCCCUCGGAUCAGGAUACCCCAAACCCAAGAUAACACAAAACAGUUAACUCAACCUGACACUCAGCCAGCUCUGCCUGCCAGGAGGCUCUCCCGACUUCCCCAUGAGUUCAUGAAGACUUCACCAGAUGAUAAUUCUGAUGAAUACGAGGAUCUAGACCUGAUUAACUCCACUGUUCAUCGCGUGAACACACCGGACAGGGAAAUGUCCCUGCAAGUGCCUGUUCAGCCAAAGAGGCGGUUCAAUUCUUUGUGCAGUGACGACGGGCUGUUGGAUGAGGAUGAUGGGACCCUGUGGCAGGAUAGAGGCCUCAGUAACUUGCAAGGCAGCGUCUACCUGCCAGACACAGGCGGACUGGCUUCAGCCACUAAAGAAGACAGCUCUCAGCUGGCUGCUGUCAUCAAGAUGGGCUGGCUGGACAAGAAUCCACCUCAGGGGGCACUCUAUUACCAGAGACGAUGGGUAAAGCUUGAUGUUGACUACCUGAGAUACUUUGAAAAUGACAAGGACAUUUAUUCCAAGGGGAUCAUCUCAACAGCCUUCAUCACUAAUGUUACCGGUGUGGGAGAGCUUAAGUUUGAGGUCGCCACGAACAACCGAACAUUUAUCUUCAGGGCUGAAAGUGAAGCUGAGAGAAACAACUGGGUGACUGUACUGCAGGACUGCACCAGGGGGCGCCAUCGGCACAGCACCGUGGGCCCUGGUUCACCUGUGACCCCGGACUACCAGGGCUAUUUGGAGCUCAAAGGGUUACGCUCGAAACUUUAUACUGUUGUCGCCUCAGAUAAGGUCUUCCUCUACAAAAACAUAGAUGAUUAUCGCAUUGGAGUUGGCAUCACAUCCAUUGAGAUGAAUGUAGGAAAUGUUAAAGACUCAGACCGUCGUAACUUUGAUCUGACGACACCAUACCGUAUAUUCAGUUUCAUAGCAGAGUCAGAGCAGCUGAGAGAGCAGUGGGUGGAUGUCAUGCGGAAUGCCAUAGGUGAGGCAUUGUCCAAUAGCGAGGUGGCAGACCGGAUCUGGGCGGAGCCUAGCAACAGUUUCUGCGCUGACUGUGGGGCCCCCAAGCCGGAAUGGGCAUCCAUCAACUUGUGCGUGGUCCUCUGCAAACGAUGCGCAGGAGAGCACAGAGGACUGGGUCCUAGCAUUUCAAAGGUUCGUAGUCUAAAGAUGGACAGGAAAGUCUGGACAGAGGAGCUUAUUCAGGUGUUCCUACUGCUAGGCAACGAGCGCGUAAAUAGUUUCUGGGCAGCCAACGUCCCGCCAAGUGAGGCUUUGACACCCUCUAGCUGCAGUGACGAGAGACGGCGCUUCAUCACCAACAAAUACCGCCAGGGAAAAUACCGGAAGUACCACCCGCUGUACGGAAACCAGAAAGAGCUCAAUAAUGCCCUGUGUAUAAAUGUGCAGUGCAGCGAUGUGCUCGAGACAUUGAGCCUGAUCUUCUGCGGGGCAGAUGUAAAUUGUAUAACUGACAUGGCAAGUUGGCCCUCCCCUCUCUCCCUGGCCAGCGCACACUCACAACCCUUACAGGCAGAGUUGAUUAGCCACAACCUCAACACAGAGCUGCCACAAUCAGAGGUGGGAGGGGCCAUGCAGGCGAUACAUUACUCAGCACCAACUUGUGUGUCUCACAAUGGCUUCUUGUUCAAAACCGCAUCCAUGGCUCGAGCUGUGAAUGAGCGAAAGGCCAGAGAGGAGUUCAGUCGUCGUUGGUGCACGUUGAAUGAUGGCACCUUCAGCUAUUAUGAGAGCGACAAGAACUCAAAUCCUAACGGAACUCUGAAGGCGUCAGAGAUCGUUUGUUUGACUGUCGAUGUGACUGAAAAACAUGGGUAUGACAAUACGUUUGAACUCUACUCUGAGUCAGAGCGUCUCUAUCUGUUUGGCACUGAUGAUCCGGACAGCCACAAAGAAUGGGUUAAGUCUAUUGCCAAGAGCUUUAUCCCGGCCUCUGCAGAGCCUUUGCUGAGGCUGAGUUUUGAGCGGAUUGGGCGGUUGAAGUGUAAGGACGGUUUGAACCUACAAAUGUCUAAGGUUGGUUGGUUUGCCCUGGUGGGCUCCACACUUCACGCCUACCUGGAGGACGGCCAGGGGGAGGAGAUCCACCUGCGUAAACUGAAUGAGCUCUCCAUCCAACAAGACAACGAAGUGCUUGUGCUCGUGGAGAGAGGCAGAACUCUGUACAUAGAGGGCGAGAGGAAGUUGGAUUUUGCCGGCUGGUGUGCAGCCAUCCAAACGGCAGCAGGGAGUGGAGGAGACACACUGAGCCAGCAGCAGCUCACAGAGACGGACAUACCUGUCAUCGUUCACAUCUGCAUCGGCUACAUCACACAGUGCGGCUUGACAUCUGAGGGGAUCUAUCGUAAGAGCGGUGUGAACUCGCGCGUGGCAGCGCUGUGCGAGAGAUUUCGACGGGAUGCUCGCAGUCUCCGUCUGAGGGAAGGCGAGCACCAGGUGGACGAUGUCUCCAAUGUACUCAAGCGCUUCUUCAGGGAGCUGGAAGAAGGACUGUUCACAUCAGAGGAUUCGAGCACCUGGCUCAGUACAGCGGCCAUUCAGGAUGAAAGUAUGAAAAUCUCCCAGUACCAGCUGCUAUUCAACAGACUGCCUCUUGUCAACAAGGCUACACUACAAGCCCUCAUCAACCACCUCUAUUGCGUGCAACGUUUUUCUGAGCUGAACCAAAUGAACCUCCAUAACCUGGCCAUAGUGUUCGGUCCCACACUGUUCCAGACAGACGGGAAGGACUUCACUGCUGGCCGCGCCAUUGAGGACCUCAUACAGCACUACACACUCAUCUUUGAGGUGGAAGAGCAGCAGCUAAAGAAGCAGCUAGAAGAGAUCACAGUUAUCAUCCAAGUGCGGGAGAAACUAAACACAAAGUUCCCUAGCACUGAGCCUGGAGGGCAUUUCAUCUGCACAGUGUACCUGGAGGAGAAGAAGAACACAGCAGAGCAACAUGUGAAGAUCCCUGGUGCUAUGACAGCAGCAGAGCUGACAUGUGAGGUUCUUGACCGGCGCAACAUACCUGUUCAAGACAAAGAGUAUUGGAGCUGCUGGGAGGUCAGCAACAAGGAGGAAAUGGAGCGGCCGCUGCACUAUCAGGAGCGAGUCUUACCCAUUCUCCACUCCUUUGGCACUGACUCCCAUCUGCUCAUCAAGAAGCACCUUGAGAUGGAAACGAUGAUCGUCUACCUGACCAGUAAAGUAGAUCCAUCCAAACAUGGGAUGAUGAAAUUCAGAGAGGAGCGAAGCAUCCUGGGAUUGGGACUGACUUCUGGAAGUUUCCAUGACCGAUAUUUCAUCCUCAACUCCAGCUCGCUCAGAAUGUACAAGGAAGUUAGAAGUAACCGUCCAGAACGUGACUGGCCAGUGAUUACUCUCAAGGUUUACCUAGGUAUCAAGAAGAAACUCCGUCCUCCCACUUGUUGGGGGCUGACAGUGGUGUAUGAGAGUAAGAAACAAGAGCGGCCAGAGAAACAGCAGUGGUAUCUCUGCUGUGACACCCAGUCAGAAAUGAGGGAGUGGUUCGCUACUUUUCUCAGUAUUCAGUACGACGGCGACGUUUGGCCUCAGGACGGACUCCAGCAGACACGUGUGAGCCGCGUGUUGCCAGAUACGCGUCAUGGUAACGUGUCACUGAUACCGCUGCGUGGCAGUGAGAAUGAGAUGCGGAACAGCGUAGCAGCUUUCAGCCAAGACCCGCUUGCUCUCUUUAGGGAUGUUCGGUAAUCUUUGCUGCAAGACAGGGCAGAUGGUUGGCCUCAUCAGAUGAUCUCUAAACAUCCCAAUCACAUCAUCGCUCUGUGACGGACUUUCACACUGUAUCUGGAAUACGGCCUUGGACCUGCUGUCGGCUCCGCUGCCUAUGAAACGGGCCAAAAAUCUAUACGGACAACAGGAUCAUGUGUAAAACAUAACCUACACUGGUUUUCCCUGCACAAGAGAAUUUAACUUGAUGUACAGCAGAAGAAUUUAAAUGAAAGACGGACAGUUUGACGCACAACAAUCACACUGAAGAUUUUCAUAAUUCAGUUCCAGCUCAAUGCGGAGUGAAUCUGCUCUCAAUGUUGCACUGUUUCCAUUGGUCAGUGGCAAACAACCACUGAAUUGUGUCAUGUGGACAGAAGCAUGAAAGACACGCUGAGUAAAAACCUUUUUUUAAUAGAAAAUACAAAUUGAAAUGCAGUUGUAGCUGAAUCAGAUUUCUAAUUCUGUGAUGGUUUUUUUUAGCUUUCACUCUGUACUCUUGCUCGACAAAUUGUUUGAAUAACCCUGCAAUUUAAAAAAACUGAAGAAUUACCAUUAUGAGUAAAGCUGAUUUUGGUAAAUCUCCAUGGAGACGGGGCCUGAGAGAAAGCUGAGAAGUAAAAAAUGUGACAGAUCAUUGUCUGACAUACCGCUGGACAUUUGCCUGCAUGGUGCAAAGGCCUUGGUCAGAGUUACAUAGAUGUACAUGUGUGCCAGCGUGUAUACACUCUGGGGAGUGAGGAAAGGAGAGACGUGCUAAAAUAAAAAAAUAAAACAUGACUUUCUUUUUAAAUGAUUAAAAAAAGAAAGUCACAUAUUUCAUUUGAAUAUGAAAUAGAAUAGGGGAAGUCUCCUUGGCUUUAUUGUUGUCCCUUAUUCUGUAUUCAAAUAAAUUCAGUGCACCUUAUGUAGGUCACAUUUCAAAGCAUAUUUUCUUAUUAAAGCUAUGGUUUUUUUUUGGCCAGAUCAGUAGUUUGUGUCUGUCCCAGUGCUUCCUGUCUGUACGUCCUUUUCAGUAGCGAUGCUUGGCGGCAGUAUUUAUGAAGGGUUAGAUUAUGAAUUACUCACUUUGGAAUUAGAUAGGUGUAUUUUUGCAACAGUAUAUUUUUUAUAGAUUGUUUAUCAAAUGACAAAACAGGGGGCACAGAGGUUCCACUGAAAUGUCUGUAAGCACAAUAAAAUCCAGUCCAUUCUCAUCUUCAUAGCAUUCUUUGUACUUGGAUCCAAACAUACUUCGUCUAAUAGAUUAACUUGUCCACUGUUGCUUUACCAGAUGCUUUUGAACAUUGGCCCCUCACUACCUUAUUGUGUCAUUUGCCAAUUGUAGGGUUUUUUUUUCUUCUUGUAAAGACCUUUUAUUUAUUUGGACAGCAGAGGACAGCGGAUGCUGUACUGCAAAAUGUGUUUGCUCUACGUGUAUCGGUGAGGCAUCUCGAACGUUCAUUUUGAAACGGCUUAAUUGCAGUGCUGGUGAAAAUGUGUAUAUACAGUACAGUGUAUUUGUGUAUAAGACGGUGUUUACGUGUUAUUAUGUGCGCUCCAGCUCGGACCUCAGCAGGAAUGUGUCUGUACAGUAACAUAAUGUUGGUGCCUAUGGAAAAGUAUCAUCCCACCAUUUUUUUUUUUAUUGUUUUAUAACACUGAUGCACUAUAUACAGAGACUUUUGUGACAAUAAUCAUCGGGGAUGUGUCAUGGAUUUUAGAACAAUAGUCAACUUCCCAUCUUGUUCUACUUUGUUUCUUUGGUCACCGAGAGGUUCUGGAAGAUAUUUAAGGUUUUUGUUUACAACCAUGAAGUGAAUAACCAGUGCAGCCGUUGUACGCGUGUUGUUUCCCAUCAUGCAGUCUCUGUAGGCCGCCUUUACAAGUGCCAGUUGUUAUCACUUGACAAAUUAGCCCCUUUGCCAUUUAUGUGAUGGAUCUCACUGCACCUUUAAGGGUAAUUUUGAUAUUUUUUGAUCUGUUCUGCCGAACCACUGGUUUUUAUUGAAAGUGACUUCGUCUUCAUUGUUUUAUUUGGAAAUUUAGUUUGUAGAGAUCUUUUUAUUAUGAUGAUCUGAAACAUCCUUAUUACGUGACAGUGUUUUAAAACAAUAAGGUAUAAAGGUCCUAUGAAUACUUUACAUAUGCAGUGUAUAUUCUCAGUCUCUGUCUCUUCUAAUUCUGUUACUCUGCAUUUUAGUGAUUUUGCAUCUAUUAAACUAAUAAACACAUUCAACUAGUUA